CUGACUAGAUUCUAAGCAAUCCAUCUUCCUCUUCCUCCGCCCCUCCCUCACGCACAAUCCUAUAUUUUUGCGAUUAUACAUACGUAUAUUGGCGUCCAAGCCAAUUCCUCUUCUCUCUCCAGAUAUAUAUAUAUAUAUAUUUUUAAUUUUUGUGCUUCAACGCCGAUUUAUUCACAUUGUUUUCGUAACUUUUCUAUGUUCUCUACCUUUUAGCGAAGCAUGUUUCAUUCAAACUUCUAUCAGAUGCAGAGCGUUAGGUCUUGUUAGGUCUUUUCACUUGCAGCUUUUUUACUCUGAUAAAAUUUCAUUGAAUCUACAAUUCCGGGAAGAAAGGGGGAAAUCUGAAAUCUCAGCCGGUUUAAAUCGAAGAUCCGUUUGAGUUGACCCUUCUCCAUUCCAUCCGUGAUUAUUUCCUCCAUAUCGGUCGAAUCAAUCUGAAGUCGCUCUUGUUUUUCCAAUUCAUUCACCUCCCCCUACCCCAAACACCCAAAAUGGUUACGGUAAAUCUAGGCAGCCUUUACUACGUUCUGGAUCAUGUUUAUGGCGCAUUGUUGCAUAGAACGAAGUUAAGCCCUCAAUUCUUUUCUAGGGGAUGGGGCGGCACAAAGUUGGAGCUUUUGGAGAAGAUGAUAAAGCAAUUGUUUCCCGAAGUGGAAGGCCAAAAUUGGCCUCCUGUCUUGGUGCAGCCGGUUUGGAAAACAGUUUGGGAAUCGAAGAGUGCUUGCCUUAGAGAAGGGGUCUUUAGAACCCCUUGCGACGGGCAGCUUCUAAAUGCAUUGCCACCUGAGAGUCACACCGCAAGAGUCGCAUUCCUUACACCAAAAAAUGUGCAGCCUCAGAAGAUGGCUUGUGUUGUUCACCUAGCAGGCACGGGUGAUCAUUCAUUUGAGCGGAGGUUGCGUCUUGGUGGGCCUUUGCUGAAGGAAAAUAUUGCCACUAUGGUGCUUGAGAGCCCUUUCUAUGGAAGGAGACGUCCAGUGCUGCAGCGGGGGGCAAAACUGUUGUGUGUGAGUGAUCUGCUUUUAUUAGGGAGAGUCACCAUCGAAGAGGCCCGAAGUCUACUGCAUUGGUUAGACUCUGAAGAAGGAUUUGGAAAAACAGGCGUAUGUGGGCUUAGCAUGGGUGGAGUACAUGCUGCUAUGGUUGGAUCCUUGCAUCCGACACCCAUAGCUACGCUCCCAUUUCUUUCCCCGCACUCUGCUGUUGUGGCAUUCUGCGAAGGGGUGUUAAAGCAUGCCACUGCAUGGGAAGCUCUCAGAGAAGAUCUAGCCAUGCAGAAGGUUGCCAUGACACUUGAGGAAGUGAGGGAGCGGAUGCGAAAUGUGUUAUCUCUUACAGAUGUUACACGCUUUCCCGUCCCCAAAAAUUCCAAUGCUGUUAUAUUUGUUUCUGCUACAGAUGAUGGAUACAUCCCGAAGCAUUCGAUAAUGGAGCUUCAGAAGGCUUGGCCAGGAUCAGAAGUGAGGUGGGUGAGUGGCGGGCAUGUCUCAUCGUUCCUUCUUCACAAUGGUGAGUUCCGCAGAGCCAUCAUUGACGCGCUCGACAGGCUGCAGUGGAAAGAAUGAAUGAAUCGAUGUAUCCGCUUAGAUGGAUUCGGCAAGUCCGGAUGGAAAGAAGUAGGGGGUGAUGCUUUGCUUUGUAUAACUAACUUAUCCGCCCGCUAAUUGUUGUGAAUUUAUUUCGAAAUAAAUUGAUUGGUUUGGUUGGUUCA